AUGGAGAAAACCCAGUAUCUGACCUGGUGCCCGGUGUUGCUGAACCCCAUCUUCUUUCUCCAUCAUCUUCUUUCUCCAUAUUCUGUGCAGCGUGGGACGCCAAAGGAUUCCUGCACCUGGCCAAUGCAUCUUCAGCAAAGUUCAGUAGUUCAGUUCAUUAGCUACUUCAGUAACCUCAGUAAGGAAGCUCCAUAUUGGCGAAUGCACAGUUGGAGCAUUUCUCUGGUUCGCUACAAAUGCGCAUGCGCCGAAAGUGACGUAAAUUUCCAAAAGCAGGAAGAAGACCCGAAGAUUAACGAAGCAGAUAAAAUGAGCUUGGGUGCGCUGACUCUGCAACAAGAGAAAUAUUUGUGGCAGUUGUUUGGCUUCCACACAAUAGUCCUCCUAGUAGCACCGUGUGUAUCUAUAGCUAAUUGUAUCAUUUGGCUGAAGCUGCAGUUUAAGAUGUGGUUUCCAUUAUUAAAUUGCCUUGUGCUGUUUCAUUUGGUUACAAGGGGCGGCUCAUAUGCAAUUAAAGGCUGUGAAGUUCACAGGCAGUACAAUCUGAAGGUUCUCUGCUACAAUAGGAAUUUAUCCAAGGUCCCACCACAGCUUCCAGUGCUCACCUUCAUGCUCGACCUUUCCCAGAAUAAUAUCAAGUCCAUAAAUCAAGCAGACUUCCAUAAUCUUACUAUCCUUCAAAAACUGAACAUUUCUGACAACUGUAUCCAAUAUAUAGAGAAUGGUACCUUUAGCAAAAUGGCUGCUCUGGAGCUUCUCAACCUUACGAGAAACAGGAUUGGCUCUCUGUCAAGUCACACAUUCAAAGGAUUGCAAAACCUAAGCACUCUUUUACUGGAUAAUAACAAUAUUGUUACCAUAGAGUCCAAGGCUUUUUCACAUUUGUUCAACCUUAAAACCCUCAGUCUUUCCUUCAACAGUUUGUACCAACUGAAGUCUCUAAACCCGGUUUUUCAAAUCAGGACCCUCAGGGAGAUAAAUAUAGCAAACUGUAGCCUACAAACAUUUUCCACUGAGGACAUAGUAAAUGUUUCUGCCUCCCUUCAAUCAAUUGAUGCAUCCAGAAAUCCAUUUUCAGUUAUCAGUUUCACAACCAAUAUCUUACAGAACCUUACUACCCUGGAUAUAUCUUUCACUCAGCGGCCCAUUUUAUGGUAUGUUAAAGAACCUUGCUUCUUGAGGGGGCUGAAGAAGUUAAAUAUUAAAGGGAAUACUAUAAAACCAUCAGCUAUAAUGGAUAUAAUUAAAAAUCUAUCAUGUAGCUCUCUUGAAGAACUGAACCUAGGUUACUUAAACCUAACAGACUCUGAUAAUCUUAUCCAAGAGCUAUGCCUUAGAAACCCAGAGCUUCAAAUACUCAAACUUAUGGGUAACUGGUAUACAGAAUUUAAAAACAAUACAUUUCAAAACUGCAGUUUUGUGAAAGUGUUAGAUUUAGCUCACAAUAGAGUGCAUCAUGCACCUGGGUCUACUUUUCAGCAUCUUACCUCUAUCAGAGAGCUGUCUCUAGCCAAUAAUUCACUAGAUGCUCUACCUGGUGAUCUUCCUUUGAUGACCUCCUUGCAAAAGCUGAACCUCAGUUACAACCAUCUAAAUGAGGUCACUUUAAAUAAGUCUAACAGCACUUUAAAGGAACUUGACUUAUCUGGAAAUAAAAUGACAUUUUUUACUGCCUCAGCACAAGGAAACUGGAGUCUCCAAGACUUGAAUCUGAGAGAAAAUUAUCUUUUAGAUAUUACUCAUUCUUUUGCAUCUAGUUUAUCCAUGCUGCAGAGGCUCACACUCAGUAAGAAUAAAUUAAGCUCUCUUUCAAUCCAUACUUUUGAGUAUUUAACCCUUCUAAAGCAUCUCAAUCUUGCCGACAAUCAGAUAGAGGUGAUAGACCCUGGUGCCUUUUAUGGUCUUGACAACCUGUACACGUUGAUAAUGGGUAGUAACAAGAUAACAAGGAACACACUCCACAAUAUGACUUUCCAAGGUUUGGGAUCGCUUCAUGAGCUACAACUUUUUGGCAACUAUCUUUACUACGAUUCUUCAAAAUUUCUUGAUACUGUACCAUUCUUUCCAUUAAAGUCUUUAAAGAUGAUCACCCUGAACAGUCAAGGUCACAACGGAAUGCAGAAUUUACCUAUCAACUUCUUUGAAGGUCUGGUAGCAUUAGAAAAGAUCCAUGCAGGCCAUUUAGCCUUGUCUAGCAUUGACUCGAGAACAUUUUCAUACACUCCAUGGCUGAAAGAACUUGAUAUCAGUGAAAAUCCCUUCAAGAGUCUUGAUCCAUUUUUGUUAAAAAAUGCUCAAUAUCUCACGGAACUUCAUAUAAGUCAAACUCAUUUGGAAUCACUGGAUUUUCUUAUUCACUCAAAUAUGACCCAUCUAAUGCUUCUCCGUGCAGAAGGUAACCAGCUGAAUUCAUUCACUGCUCAACAACAUGCAGCUUUGCCAUCUCUGAGAUUCUUGGACCUCCGUAACAACCCACUGACAUGCAACUGUGACAAUCAGUGGUUUAUAGACUGGGUAUACAAUGAUACCAAAACCCAAGUCCUUCAUUUCUAUGAGUACACAUGUGCUUAUCCACCAGCUGCAAAGAAUACCAAACUUUCAGCUUUCAAAAUUUCUUCCUGUAGGUUAGACGAUACUUUUAUUUUGUUUCUUACUUCAACCCUGUUCAUCUCUACUUUUUUGAUUUCUGCAACUGUUUGGAAUUUUUGGAGAUGGCACGUGAUUUAUGCCUACUACAUUACCCUUGCUUAUCUCUAUAACAGAAAGUGGCAAGGGAAGAAACGAAAAUGUAAAUAUGAUGCUUUCAUAUCUUACAACUGCCAUGACGAGAAAUGGGUCUUCGGUCAACUUGUUCCUAAUCUAGAAGGGAGAUAUAACUGGAGGCUUUGUCUCCAUCACAGAGACUUUGAACCAGGCAAAGCUAUAGUUGAUAACAUUGUUGAUGGCAUCUACAGCAGCAGGAAAACCAUCUGCGUUAUCAGCAGGCACUAUUUAGAGAGUGAAUGGUGUUCAAAAGAAAUCCAGUUGGCCAGUUUCCGUCUCUUUGAAGAACAUACAGAUGUUCUGAUUCUGUUGUUUCUGGAACAAAUUCCUGAUCACCAGCUUUCCCCCUACCACCAGAUAAGGAAAGUUAUAAAAAAGAAGACGUACUUAAUAUGGCCAAGAGAGAGAAAUGCCACCUGCGUGUUCUGGUAUAGGGUGAGUCAGGCAUUGCAGACUGAAGAAAGAGAAGAGGAUCUAAACUGCCUGCUGUAGGCUCCGUGUCCUAAAAACUGCUGCAUUUACAUAGGACAAAUCAAAGUCUAUUCAACAAUUUUGUUCUGUAUGAGAAAUAUAUUACAGUUGGCUUUAACUACUACUCAAGUACUCAGUCUGUAUUAGAAGUAUUAUACUUUAUGUUUAGUGGUGUACUGUAUAAUUUAUUAUUGCAAUACAUAAAGGUAUUUAACAUAUGCCUAAUCAAUAAGGGUUGUGCUGUCAAACUGCCUUUUAGUUAAAGGGGAACUCCGGCUUCCAAACCAAAAUUUGAUAAACAUGCCCACAUAAGACAGAAACCCCUAA